AUUUCAACCUUUUUCACAUUCGAUUACCGGCGUCGGAAAAAUAUGUCCUCUGACGUUUUACUGCUAACCAGAUCUAUGAAAACACAGUCUGAAUUAUAUGAACUUUAUGGCAGACCACCGCACUCGUCUACGUCAUUGUCGGAGAAUAUAAAAGACAAAUGUACUUUUUCAAAGUUAAGGUCAUAUUUACUAGCACUAUUUCCAGUCAUAAAUGUCUUACGAAAGUACAAAUUCCGGGUGUACCUCUUUGAUGAUAUAAUAAGUGGAUUAUCAGUAGCUUGCCUUCAUGUACCACAGGGACUUGCAUUGGGAAUAUUAGCAUCAUUAUCGCCGGCGUAUGGAUUGUAUACAUCAUUUUUUCCAGUGCUUCUGUAUGUUCUUUUCGGAACGUCUCACCACGUAUCGCUCGGAACAAAUGCUGUGAUUGCUAUUUUGACAGCAGAAAUGGUAGAGUUGCAGUUAGAACAGUAUGGUUUGACAGGUCAUAAGUCAGUUUCAAACGGUUCCACGGAUGAUAAUCGGACAACAAUUUCUUCAGACAUCGCAAAUUUAGGUUUAGAGUACAAAGCGUCAGUAGCAGCAGGUUCGUCAUUUAUUGUUGGAUUGUUGCUGUUCAUCAUGGGGUUGUGCCGAAUGGGUUUUAUAACUUCUUAUUUGUCAUCUUCUUUCAUUGCAGCUUUUACCACAACCGGUGCUAUUCAUAUCAUUUCCAGCCAAAUUCCUAAUGCUCUUGGCAUAACAAUUCGACCCGUGAACAAACCAGGAAAACUUAUAUAUGUAUAUAUUCAAAUAUUCAAAGUUUUUCCACACAUUCAUGUUGCUACAUUCCUAGUCUCUAUAAUAUGCCUUAUUAUACUCGUAUUGGUAAAAGAUGUCAUAAAUGAGAGAUACAAGAACAAAAUGAAAAUGCCAAUACCAAUUGAUUUAAUUUUGGUUGUCCUAUCAACAUUUAUUUCUUCCUAUACACAAUUACAUGACAACUUCGGAAUAGGUGUAGUAGGAAAUAUACCUGCUGGACUGCCAACUCCGAAGUUACCUCGAGUGUCUGUAGAUAUUAUAGGACAAAGUGCUGUCGUCGGUAUAAUCGUGUUUGUGCUUACGAUUUCGAUGGCCCGACUUUGUGAGGUGAAACACGGAUAUUCAGUUGACGAUAAUCAAGAACUCGUCGCAUAUGGUAUUUCAAAUCUAGGUGGGUCUUUUUUCUCCUGCUUUCCAGCUUGCGUUGCACCACCUCGUACAAUUGUUUUGAGUACAAUGGGAGCAAAGACAACAUUAAGUGGCAUGGUUUCAGCUGUUUUUGUAUUGCUUGUAAUACUUUUCAUUGGAAAAUAUGUUGAAUCAUUACCUAAAGCUGUUCUUGCAGUUAUGAUCAUCGCAGCUAUUAAAAAUCUCUUAUACCAGUUCAAGGACCUACCGAUGCUGUGGCGAGUAAACCGUUAUGAUUUCGUAAUUUUUGUUGGUACAGUACUGUGUGGUGUUCUUAUUGAUUUUCCUUACGCUUUGUAUGUUGGAGUGCUACUUUGUCUUUUAACAGUUGUUGUGCAAAGUCAAAGAUCAUCUUCGUAUACCAUUAGAAAACUUGAGCAGGAAGAUCGCCUUCUGGAUCAAAAGACUCAUGACGUUCCAUUAUGUAACCCGAAAAUAGCAAUAUUCCGAAUGGAAUCAUCUCUUUACUUUGCUACAGCUGAUCAAUUUAUAACAAAACUAUACCAAGCAACUUUUAAUCCGAAAGCCUAUCGAAAACAACCAGAGUUUAACGUUGAAAUUAACGUUGAUCAGAGCAAAAAUAGCUGUAGCAGUGAUGAAAGAAUUUCGAUGUCAAAAGCAAAUCUUGAAAACGAAACACCUGUCGUACCCCUUACGCAUAUUAUUAUCGACUGUUCGUCUAUGAACUAUAUUGACAUGAAUGGGAUGAAAGCUUUAAUACAAAUCCACUCCGAAUACAAACCAGUUGGUGUUACGGUCAUGUUUGGAAAUUGUACUAAUUUUAUGAAAAAUUUUAUAGAAAAAUCGGAUUUAUCACAGGAAAUAGACAUGAAUAAUGUGUAUGCUGACAUUUUAGAUGCCUAUUUUGCAGCAAGUCAUAAAAAGUGAAGAAUAGCUACGCUACUUUUACUUUAACUUAGGACCAUAUUGCUUAGUGGUGGUAUUCAUAAGAACAGCUUGACAAUAAGUAACUAUUUUACAUGAACUACGCAUGCAUAAAAUUAUCAUUAAAUGGUACUAGUAUUCAAAACCUAAUUAAAAUUAGAAAUUAAGAAGAAGAGGCUAUUUCAUUCAGACGAAGACUUGUUUUAAAAAUAUUCAAAUAAGCCAUAAUCCUUUUGCUGAGAAUUGAUUUUAUUUAAUUUAGUUUUUAAAACCCAUUUUGAUAACAAUUUCUUAUGGUAGUUUCUGUUGUAUUACAAAACA